UAGUUGCUAUUACGAGACACACUCCCUCCUUCCUGCGUAUCCGGAUCCCUGGUGACUGUUUUAACAGUAGUUUAUUUCAACGCAGUUUCUUGCUUUUGUUGGAAGAUGGAGAGCGGCAUCUCCUGCUUGCCCGCAUCUGACUAAACUGAAUUAUUCAUUUUCCGCGUCAGUUAGUCGCCGUUCUCAUUUUUCUGAAUAUCACAGUGUGGUGUUUUUUUCCCUCUCCUUUUCUUUUCCUUGGAGUAGAGAGGCUCAGCCUCAGAUGUCACACUGACAGCCCUGUAAAAUGCAUGAUUCGAAAAGAGACGCUUAGCAAGCAAUUUCAGAUUUUUGGAGGUGAGUAAACCCGCGCAGGAUUGUUUAGGUUUAUCGGGUUCUGCUGCUUCAUUUUUUCUGCCUGAACGACUCAGGCCAACUUCAGCGAGCCAUAUACAUAGGCUAAGCAUCUCUACGGACUGGGUGUUCCAGCAGCACCAUUCGUUUCAUUUUCCUCUAUCGUGAACUGGAGAGAAGUUGUUUUGCAGUCACUUCAGCUGCUCGCCUUUUGUCCCUGCUUUCUUAAUAACGCUGAGGUGGGCACCGUGUCUUUAGCUCAUUCCGAACUGAAAUGCUUCAUGGAGAUACAACAACAUUGGGAACCCUACGAGAGAAAUAUAUUUUUUAACAAGUGGAGCCUGUCAAGAAGAGACGCAUAGGCUGAAAUCUGAGCGAUAGCCUACCUACGUCUGAAUGGGAGCACCGCGUCUCAAUGCACUGCCAAUGUCCGUUUCUCAAGAAACCACAUUUGCAAACGCUUACGGUUACUAAAUGGUUUUCUGGGGGAUUUAUAAAAGGCAAAAUGCUGCUUCUAGUUCUGUUGGCCUUUUUCGUAUCGAAUACGUUUUCUGACUUGGAUUCUGACCUCUCAGCGGAGACCUGCAGCGCCUGUUCAUGCAUGUCCAUCGAGAACGUCCUAUAUGUGAACUGUGAGAAAAUAACUGUGUACAGACCUACCCAGCUGCUGCCCCCGGUCUCUAGCCUCUAUCAUUUGAAUUUCCAAAAUAACCUAUUGAUUGUCCUUUACCCCAAUUCCUUUCUCAAUUUCACACACGCAGUCUCUCUUCAACUGGGAAACAACAAACUACAGAACAUCGAGGGAGGGGCCUUUUAUGGCCUUAGUUCAUUGAAACAGCUGCAUUUAAAUAACAAUGAAUUGAAGGUGCUCAGAGCUGACACUUUCUAUGGGAUCGAAAACUUGGAAUACCUCCAGGCUGACUACAAUUUGAUCAAGUAUAUUGAAAAAGGAUCCUUCAACAAAUUGCAUAGGUUGAAAGUUCUCAUUCUGAAUGACAAUCUAGUCCAGAUCCUUCCUGAUAACAUUUUUCGCUUUGCCUCCCUUACACAUUUGGAUAUAAGAGGAAACAGGAUCCAGAAGCUACCAUAUCUGGGAGUUUUGGAACACAUUGGACGUAUAGUGGAAUUGCAGCUCGAUGACAACCCAUGGAAUUGCACAUGUGAUUUGUUACCCUUGAAAGCCUGGUUGGAGAACAUGCCCUAUAACAUUUUUAUUGGGGAGGCUAUAUGUGAAACCCCUAGUGACCUGUAUGGACGACUGUUGAAAGAAACAAACAAACAGGAACUGUGCCCCAUGGGAACAGGUAGUGACUUUGAUGUAAGGAUGCCCCCUUCACAGCCAGAAAAUGGCCGAACAACAUCCGACAAGGCCCCCACUACGAUACCGCCCAUAGCCACCAAAGCUCCCAAAACAACAAACCCAUCAAAGAUUUAUGGAAACGGGAUUGUUGGUUUACCCGGUUUGAAUAAAAAUAUUCCAAUUAUGUCCUAUCAAACAAGAACCCCACCUCUCUCCUGCCCACAGCCUUGUACCUGCAAAGCUCACCCAUCAGACUUUGGCAUCAGUGUGAGUUGCCAAGAGAGAAGUAUAAACAAUCUAGCAGAUAUCAUUCCCAAGCCACCAAAUGCCAAGAAGCUCCACCUGAGUGGAAAUUAUAUCAGAGAUAUCAGCCCAGUUGAUUUCCAAGGCUUUGAGGGUUUAGAUUUAUUACAUUUGGGCAGCAAUCAAAUAGUCACAGUUCAAAAAGGGGUCUUUGCCAAUCUGACCAACCUGCGUAGGCUUUAUCUCAAUGGGAACCAACUAGAGCAGCUGCAUCCUGAGAUGUUCCUUGGGCUCAGUAACCUCCAAUACUUGUAUCUAGAAUACAAUGCCAUACAAGAGGUGUUAGCAGGGACAUUUGACUCCAUGCCAAAUCUGCAGUUGUUGUAUCUGAACAACAAUGUGCUAAGGAGCCUCCCUGCCUAUAUCUUUGCUGGCGUUUCCCUGGCUAGGCUAAAUCUUAAGAACAACCAUUUCAUGACUCUGCCUGUGAGUGGUGUCCUAGACCAGCUGAGGUCUCUCACUCAAAUUGAUCUAGAAGGCAAUCCCUGGGAAUGCUCCUGUGAUUUAGUGGCUCUGAAACUGUGGCUGGAGAAGCUGAAUGACGGAGUGGCUGCGAAAGAGGUCAAAUGUGCAUCCCCAGUUCAGUUUUCCAAUAUAGAGCUACGGCUGCUGAAAAAUGAGAUCCUGUGCCCCAAACUUAUAGCUAGGCCCCCUUUCAUCCUGACCAGUACUACUCCGGUGGUGACUUCCAUGUCCCCAGCAGGGGUGGGCAAGGCCCCUCCAGGUGGUCCAGUUCCCCUAUCCAUCAUGAUCCUCAGUGUCCUGGUGGUGCUCAUCAUAACAGUGUUUGUUGCUUUCUGCCUCUUGGUGUUCGUGCUGAGGCGCAAUAAGAAGCCAGCCGGACGCCAGGAGGGCAUGGGGAACCAGGAGUGUGGCUCCAUGCAACUCACGCUCAGGAGACACAACAAAUCAAACAAGAAGGAUGAUCUGGGAGGGGAGACGUUCAUCCCCCACACUAUCCAGCAUAUGAACAAGAGUCACACCUGUGGGAUUAGAGACUCUGAGUCAGGCUUUAAGUUUGCUGACUCCCAGAGACAGAAAAUAAUCCUGCUCAACAGCGCUGACCAAGACAAGGACUCACUGUCCUCCCUGGAUCCACGCAAUAAGAGACUGAGCACCAUUGACGAGCUGGAUGAGUUCCUGCCAAGAGAAUCCAACAUGUUUAUUCAAAACUUUUUAGACAGUAAAAGGGGGGAUUUCAGCAGUAUAGGGGGGAGUGGGUUUCAGAUCCGUUACCCAGAGAAACCACAGGACAAAAAGAUGAAGAAGUCACUAAUAGGGGGAAACCAUAGUAAGAUAGUAGUGGAACAAAGGAAAAGUGAGUACUAUGAACUUAAAACUAAACUUCAAGGUACACCUGACUACCUUCAGGUUCUGGAAGAACAGACUCAAAUGAGUCAAAUGUAGGCUAUCUAAUC